CUCUAAAUUCCAAUUAAGUUUAACAGAAAAUAAAUAAAAAUAAAGCACAUUUUUACAAUAUUUACAUGCACGCUCAACAUUCGCUCGAUCAGAGUUUAUACCAUAGGCUAUAUAAAUAUAGACCGAACGACUCGCGUUCGCCAUAACAUUUGUCAGGAAUGAUAUCGGGUAUUUAAAGCAAGAUCUCAAUAUAUCAUUUAGAAUUACAAGAAAAAAACACAACAGAAAAUAUAUAUUCUGCAUCUUAAAAAAAUUAUUGUUUAACUAAAUCGUAACAAUUUUAUUGGCUGGUCCGAAUAGUGGCCAUUGCUAUUGGGAUCCGGGUCCAAAUAGAUGCAUCCGUAGAAUAACCUAGAUAAAUCAGAAUCUAGAUCUAGAAUCUAUAUUUUAGUAAUUAUUUCCCAAUUUUACGAGGAUCAUCUUUUUAAAGUUUAAAGUUAUUUAUUUUGUAGACCUAUUAAAAAUAUGAGUAUAAUAGGCUGCUAAACUAUUGGAUUCUACACUGCUGUUUAAAUAAAAAGUUAAUUUAAAUAGGCCUAAUUGCAUUUGGUUUAUUAUUCAUUUAUGUGUUAUAUAUAGAGUCCUGCUUGUACUAUAGCUGUAUAUUUGUAUAACUAUAAACUAUAAAUUAAUCAAUUCUCUCACAUUACUAGGUUUGGAUUAUUGUAUGGUCCUAACUACAAUGAUAGAUUACCCUUUUUUUUUUGUUAUUUCCACCUUCAGUCGCCAACCAAUGAAACACGCGUUCCCUGUUCUUUAGUUAACGUGUAAACACAACGUUUUUGGAGCUAAAAGGGGCAGAAAAGACAGAUGCUGAAACUUUUAAUUAACAAUUUAUGCAAGCUUUCUGUUGCCGCCUAAAAUAAAUAGGAUGGAUAACAUAAGCCUAGAGAGUAGUACAGGCUCUGGCGAUGGUAAAGAAUCUAAUUGUCAGCUUACAAGCCAGGACCAUACCAAACAGCUCAUUGUGAACAUUGAUCAAAUGAGGACAGAUUCCAGCUAUUCAGAUAUAGUUAUAAUUAUUGAAGACUACAGAUUUCCUUGCCAUAAAGUCAUACUGGCUGCUGGAUCUCCUUACUUCAAAUCCAUGUUUGCUUCUGGGAUGGAAGAGAGUCGCAAGAAAGAAAUUGAAAUAAAGCAGAUAGACCCAAGCGUGUUUGGGCUUGUCAUACUGUUCAUUUACACUGGGAAUGUUGAAAUCUCAUCAUCCACUGUACAGGAAUUGUUUAUUCAAGCUCAGCUUUUUCAGAUCAAUACUCUAGUUGAGCUUUGUGUCAAAUAUUUAGAAAAAUCAAUGAGUGAGCUCAACUGUCUUGCUGCUAUGACUCUGGCAGAAGCGCAUGUUCACAAGCCUAUGUAUGAUUUUGCCUUGCGCUAUGCAUGUCUGCACUUUGAUAUAGUAAAAAAUGAUGAAGAUUUUGUAAAGCUUUCAACCAAAUGCAUCAUUGAUUUGUUGAAAGACAGAAGAUUAAAAUGCUCAUCUGAAGAAGAGGUGUAUGAAGCUGCUAUAAAAUGGCUUGACAGCGAUGUAGACCAUAGAAAACCAUAUCGUUAUAAAGUUCUGUCUUGUAUCAAGUUUCCCCAUAUAAGCCAAAGCUAUCUAAUAGACGUUGUAAUAAAGGCAGGACACUUAGCUGAUGACCAGCGUGGCAGAGAAUUGUUGGACGAAGCUGUCCUAUAUCACACAGUGCCUUCUCGCAGACACAUGUUGCCUUCUUAUCAGUUCACUCCUAGAUUUACAUUUCCAUACUAUGAAUGUGCCAUUCUUCUUGGUGGCCGUCUUCUUGAUGGACUGAGCAAUGAUGUAGAAUGCUACAGAUCAGAUCUUCAGGAGUUCUCACAGUUACGAACACUGCCCUUCAAAAAGAGAAAUGAAUUUGCUGCCUGCGCUGUUGGUGAUGAAAUCUAUGUCUCAGGAGGCCUAAGAAGCUCUGAGUUUUGGAAAUAUGAUCCAACUUUUGAUACGUGGCUUCGUGGGGCCAAUAUGCUUGUAGCACGUCGCCGUCAUGCUAUGGCAGCUGUAGAUCACACAAUCUAUGUGCUAGGUGGCUUUGAUGAAGAAAUGGUUUUAGAUUCCAUUGAGAAAUGGGAGAAGAAACUCAAUAAAUGGGAGGAUGCUGGUAGACUUUCCCAAGCUGUAGAAAAUAUGGGUUUUGCUGCUUAUGGAAAACACAUUUAUCUAUUUGGGGGCAAGAAUAUUGAAGAAUUUGUAACCAAUACAGUGCAAUGUUUUGACACGAGUACAUCAACAUGCACUGUCCUGCAGAAGUCACUCCCUGCCCAUGACAUGUGUUUAAGUGCUUGUGUCUUAGACGGUGCCAUUUAUGUGGUUGGUUUGGAAGGCUUUUUUCGCUUCAUACCUGCCCAGGAUGAGUGGGAACUUUUACAAGACAUGAAUCUUCCUCGAGACUUUGUUAGUUUGGCUAUUUUAGACCAGAAAUUAUUUGCCUUUGGUGGGCGCCGGAGAGGUGCUAAAGAUAAUCUCUACUCUGAUGCUAUAGAGGUCUAUAAUCCAGAAAGUAAUGUUUGGGAACAAGCAGGAACAAUGCCAGUUCGCAUGUAUUCUUAUGGAUGUGUUCGUAUUUUGCUUAGUCAGCAUUCUAGGCAAAUCAAUAAGUAAUUUGAAUAUUAUGAGCAUCUUGUAAAAAUUGUAAUAAAAAGAUUCAAAACCAUCUAAUUUUAUAUUUGAAAAACUCAAUUAUUCGUAAAUAGAAUACCUAUGUUAGAUUCAAACAACGGCUUAUUAUAAAAUACAUACAGAUGUUCAGGAAUAAAAAGCCAUUUUGUGUUCUGAUACAUGUUUUGAUAAAUGACUACAAUAAGUCUUGCUUAGUAAUUCUUCAGAAAAGAACAAAAAAUGGAAUGUUUGAAGCCCGGUGUAAAAUAGUGCUUUAUUUAUUUCAGUCUCAAUACUUGAAUGUCAAAAUUAAAGAAUUAGGCACUUUCAUUCAAACUUAGUUGAAUGAUUAAUACAGAAUUAAUUAGCUGAAU